UCAGCAAAAAGGUCAACACUAUGGCUGCUUGACCUCUAAGCGCAGUGCUUUGAUUGCCUUCUCUUUACACUGAGUUAAAGAGGAAUAAAGAAUUCCACUCGCGAUUCUCUUCCAAUUCUCAUCUAUUAAGUUAAACCCCUUUUCAUUCCAAGCUAAACCACCCAGUUUUCUAGAGGGCUUCUCCGUUUUAACAUAGAAAUAGCUCCAAUGGCAACGGUAUCAGAUGUGGGUGUGAACGGAGAGAAGAGGGCUAAGAUAUCCCCUGAUUUCUUGGAGAGUAAGGGGGUCCAGGAAACUAAGGCUCUACUUUCAGAGCUGUGCCGCCAUUUUUAUGGGCUUGGAUGGGUUUCUGGAACUGGCGGCAGUAUCACCAUCAAGGUUCAUGAUGACGCUAUUCCCAAGCAGAAUCAGCUCGUCGUUAUGUCCCCUUCUGGCGUUCAGAAGGAGCGGAUGGUACCAGAGGACAUGUAUGUGUUAUCUCCAGAUGGUUCUGUUUUAGCUUCUCCUACUGUGAAGCCAUACCCACACAAGCCUCCAAAAUGUUCGGACUGUGGUCCCCUUUUUAUGAAGGCAUAUCAGAUGCGAGAUGCUGGAGCUGUUAUUCACAGUCACGGGAUAGAAUCAUGCCUUGCAACAAUGAUCAAUCCAUCAGCAAAGGAAUUUAGAAUUACUCAUAUGGAAAUGAUCAAAGGAAUCAAAGGGCAUGGUUACUAUGAUGAACUUGUGAUCCCAAUAAUAGAAAAUACAGCUUAUGAAUAUGAGCUCACAGAAUCUCUAGCUAAAGCAAUUGAAGCCUACCCGAAAACAACUGCUGUGCUUGUUCGAAACCAUGGCAUUUAUGUAUGGGGAGAUUCAUGGAUCCAUGCAAAAACUCAGGCUGAAUGUUACCACUAUCUCUUUGAUGCGGCCAUCAAGCUUUAUCAAUUGGGCCUAGACUGGUCUACUCCAAAUCAUGGUCCCAUUCAGAAAGUCAAAGAAGUUGUCGUAGGUGGUUGCAACGAUGGAGCAUCUUCAGAGCGUUGCAUUGUUCUUGACAUAGAAGGAACUACUACUCCAAUAUCAUUUGUGACCGAUGUUCUUUUUCCAUAUGCUCGCAACAAUGUCCACAAACAUUUGUCUCUAACAUUUGAUACUGCAGAGACUAAAGAAGACAUAAAGUUGUUGCGAUCUCAGGUGCAAGAUGAUCUGGAAAAAGGCAUUGCUGGAGCCGUGCCUAUUCCUCUUGAUGAUUCUGCAAAAGAGGAGGUUAUUGCAGCUAUAGUUGCGAAUGUUGAAGGCAUGAUAAAAGCUGACAGGAAGAUUCCUGCUCUAAAACAGUUGCAAGGUCAUAUAUGGCUAACUGGAUUUGAGAACAAUGAAUUGAAAGGUGAAGUUUUUGAGGAUGUACCAAGAGCUCUGGAAAGGUGGCAUGCCUCGGGCAUAAAGGUUUAUAUAUACUCGAGCGGUAGUAGGUUGGCACAGAGGCUUCUAUUUGGAAAUACAAAAUAUGGGGAUCUGAGAAAAUAUCUGUCAGGAUAUUUUGAUACCGCAGUGGGGAACAAAAGAGAAACGCGCAGUUACGUCGAAAUCAGAGAGUCUGUUGGCGUUGAUAAGCCAUCGGAAAUUUUGUUUGUCACUGAUGUUUUCCAGGAAGCUGUAGCUGCAAAAGCAGCAGGAUUGGAUGUGAAUAUAUCGAUACGACCCGGAAACGCUCCCCUUCCAGACAAUCAUGGGUUCAAAACCAUUCAAUCUUUUUCAGAAAUCUGAAGAGCUGACGAUUGGUUAACGAUACCUCAGACGAGUAUGUAUAGCGAUGACACUCAUCACAAUUUUGUUUCCCUGUCGCUCACCUUUUUCGUGAUUAGUUCCAUUACCAAACUGAUUUGAAAGUUGAGUUCUACCUUUGAUUUUAUUACAACGUCGCGUUCAUACAAAUAAGGAUUGAAUUAUCUUACACGAAAUAACAAAUGCAAUUCUAGUUUGAUGUAUGAUCUCAUUCAACUGAUAA